CUAUAAAUAGGAGGGAUGAAGCCAGCAGAGAUCAGAUUCUCUCUACAGAGACCUCUACAGCACACAGAUCCAGACAUGGCACCUACAAUCACUGCAGCUCUGACCAACUCUCAGGAACAUCUGACUCUGACACACAAGCUCAGAAAGCCUCUGGUGGAGAAGUUACGCAGAGAGAGAAUCAACAGCAGCAUUGAGCAGCUCAAGUCUCUCCUGGGUCCAGAGUUCCUCAAACAGCAGCCAGACUCCAAGCUGGAGAAAGCAGACAUCCUGGAGAUGACAGUCUGUGUCCUGACACAGCUGCAGCAGCACAAUCAACAGCAGAGAAGACUGACGAUGAAGAACUUCAACAAGCUGCAGUCUUCCUCUGAUAAGAACCUGACAGAGGCUGACUUCUCUCCUCUGAGCUCCACGGACAGCAUCACCAAAGACAAGAGUCCAGUCCACAGCACCCUCUGGAGGCCGUGGUAGACACCUACAGACUGCUGACAGUCUCAGACAAACUCAGACAAAAUGGUCCAAGAUUAUUGGAAGUGAAUUCUUAUGAACUUGAAAAAAAUACAGUUCCUAAGGAAUUUUAAAGAUGGAAUCUUUGUUCAAAUCUGAUGAUAAACAAGUUUGUUGAAAUUUUACAAGAAUCAGAGAUAUGAUCUUUAAUUUUAAUAAAGACGCUGUCAUGCAUAUUGCAUGCAUCAUGUCAAACAUGUACAGGAUGAGGUAAAGAGCACUACUUCCUUGAGCUUUGAUUGUCCUUUCUGUGGAUGUUUUAUACAUCAUAUACAAUCAUAUACAUCAAUAUGUAUAUUAUGUUUAUCUUUUUGUUGAAAAGAUUUGCUUGUAAACUUCAUGAAGAUGUAUGCUGAUAUCAACCUGCUUCAAUCACUUUGUGGUCGUUGUAAAUCAAAAUCUUGAGUCAUUUUUUUUAAAGGUGUUUCAUCUAAAACUAAUUGAUGUUGACUCUCAUACUGUUUAUCUUGUAUCAAGACGACUGUUUCUCUGCUUCUUUCAGUGCAGUGUGCACUUUCAUUGACUGUACACUAAGGUUGCGAUGUAUCAUUCACAUCCACGUAUGUCCAACUGAAGCUUUUAUAGAAGUCAUUAUUGAAUGUCAAUAAAAAUAUGAAAAUA